UGCAGCCCGCGUCGAGAGGAGCGUCAGUGGACCAGACCCGGCGCCAGCAGCCGCUACUUGCACGGACACAGCCGCAGAGGGCCGAGGCCAGCAUGUUGCGCAACGGCACACCGCAGCAGCCCAGCAAGAAGCCGCACAUGCUGCCGCCGCUGGAGAAGCGACGCAGCUCGGUGGAGGCGCGCGCCGAGGUGGGGACGCCGCCGCCGCGCUGCUUCAAGCCCAGCCUGGAGGAGCUGCGGCUGCUGAAGGAGCCGCCGGCCGAGGGCCGGCCCGCCAUCCGGUUGACGCGCUGCUCCGAGCCGCCCACGCCGCCCACGCCGCCCUCACCGCCCCCGCCGCCCCCGGCGCCGCCCACCGUGCUCGGCGCCGGCAGAUACGCGCCCCUCGAGCCCAUCAAGCGGCGCGACUCCAGCCAGAUCUGAGCGGCCGCGCUCGCGCCCGCACACCCAGUUUGCUCUCCCAUACGUCACGUGUUACAUUCGUACACAUUACAUAACAUAUAUAUCGUUAUUACGUAGCUAGGACUUUUGUAUUGUCAGCUAGAGUGGUAGAUUUUUAUUACAAUUUGUGGAAGUGGACUGUGAAAAUUUCGUAUCAGUUGUUGAAUUUGAAAAGCAUUUUAUUGUUAUACCUGUUAGCAUAUUGUAUGUGAUUUAGUUUUUGAGAUAUAUGGCAAUGUUGACAAUUGUUACAAACAUAAAAUAUACGCACUUUCUUUUACCUCGUUCUCA